GAAAUUUUGUAUAAAAGCAUUUGAAAUGCAGUUAAAGCGUAUAGUUAAAUAUUAAUUUACAUAGAAAACUAUUAACAAUUAAAAAAUAAACAUGUCCAAAUACUUGUAUUUCGCUGUCUUACUCGCAACUUUAGGUUACAUCUCCGCCAGCUAUAUUUCUCCACGUGUAUAUGCACCACAAGUUGCUUAUCAAAAUGUGCCAGUGGCUGUGCCAGCAUAUAGAGCACCAGGUUAUGGCGUAGCACCAGGUUAUGGUGUACCAGCUGUCGUCUCACAAGUUUUAAAACCAGUCAUUCCUGCUCGCGUUUCAUACGGUGUAGCACCUGCAAAUCGCUUGGUUCCUGCUCCAUCACAUCCAUCUGCAACAGCUGCUGCUGCCUCACGCGCCGCUCGUUUGAAUGCUGGUCGUUAUGGAGAAUUGGCAGUACCUUCAUAUGCUGUCUUAUCUGCAGAACCUCUACCAAAUCCUCUUGAAUAUACCGGCUUGUUGGCACGAGCAGCUCUUCUCCCUGGAGGCAGAUAUUAAGUUAAAAUUAAGUUAAAAAGCAACUCCAUUGAGUUGUGCCCAAACGUGAUGAAAAGUCUUAAAUAAAUAAGUUAAUUUAAA